GCGAGCCCCGAAGGCCGCGGUUGGUGGAGGGGGGAAAAUGGGGGACAGUGGGGGGUAAUUUGGGGAGACUGAGGUGAGGAGUAGGGGGAGAACUAGGGAGGGAGCCUCACCCCCGGGAAGCUUUCUGCGCACGCGCAUCUCGGUGCAUCUGUUGGGCGGGGCUGCGGGGCCUGUGACACAGCCCGCUGAGCUUUGUGAUGUAGCCGCUUGCGGAGACUGGAAGCAGCCGCUGCGCGCCCGGCCCGCCCUCUUCCGCUGCCGCCGUGGGAAUGGAAACAUCUGCCCCACGUGCCGGAAGCCAAGUGGUGGCGACAACUGAGCGCCACUCCGCGGCCUGCCGCGCAGAUCCUCUGCGUGUGUCCUCGCGAGACAAGCUCACCGAAAUGGCCGCGUCCACUCAAGGAAACUUUGACGGAAAUUUUGAGUCACUGGACCUUGCGGAAUUUGCUAAGAAGCAGCCAUGGUGGCGUAAGCUAUUUGGGCAGGAAUCUGGACCUUCAGCAGAAAAGUAUAGCGUGGCAACCCAGCUGUUCAUUGGAGGUGUCACUGGAUGGUGCACGGGUUUCAUAUUCCAGAAGGUUGGAAAGUUGGCUGCAACAGCUGUGGGAGGUGGAUUUUUUCUCCUUCAGCUUGCAAACCAUACUGGGUACAUCAAAGUUGACUGGCAACGAGUGGAGAAGGACAUGAAGAAAGCCAAAGAGCAGCUGAAGAUCCGUAAGAGCAAUCAGAUACCUACUGAGGUCAGGAGCAAAGCUGAGGAGGUGGUGUCAUUUGUGAAGAAGAAUGUUCUAGUGACUGGGGGAUUUUUCGGAGGCUUUCUGCUUGGCAUGGCAUCCUAAGGAAGAUGACUUCAUGUUCAUUGUUCCUGUUUUUUUCCAGCCAGCAACCUCUACACUCCAUCAUAGGACAUCGAGUCCCUCCUCCUCCUUCCUCCCUGCCAUGGCAAAUCCGAGUGGCUUCUAUAAGCGUCUGCUGGUACAAGUUAAUGUGGCACCAUGAGCCUGAUGGUGGCAGAAGAGACAAUAGUCCUUAGCUCUCCUCCCAGUACACCCCCUACUUGGUCAGUCUGUAGGUCAACAAGAAAGUUCCUUUACCCCCAUGCAAGACACUUAUGAGAACACGUUGCAAGAUGGCUGACUGUGGAGGAUGAGUAGAUCCUGAAAGGUUGUCCCGAACUGUUGAUUUGGAAAAGAAAUAAGCACAUAGAUAACCUUAUUGUGUGCUGCAUGGAAAGGAACUGAAUACAUUUGCCUUUAAGCAUGAAAGAUUUUGGUAUCUUGGUGUCUACUUUCUUUUUUAGUUGGCUUUACAUUACAGAAAGAGCUAUUUAAAUGUGUUAUAAUUAUGCCGACAAAAUUGGCAGCAUAAUUAUUAUAAUUGAAAAAUCCGAUGUUGUCCAGGAAUGUUUUCUACCAUACAGGAUAAUGUAUCUCAUGGCUGUUUCCAAAGGGUUUAUUUAUUGUAAAACGAGUGAUUUAGGUGGGAAAGGGAAGAUCUUGGAUUUUUAUUUCGUAGAAAAGGUUUUAAGCUUUGAAAUGUGAAUGAAGUAUUCUUAUCAAAACAUUAGGGAUGGCCAUAACUCCUCUGUGCCACUUCUAUUUUUUUUUUUUUUAUCUAGUUAGUUUGAAAUAUAACAUUUAAACCAGAAUUUUAAAGAAGUAGCUUUCCAGGGAUUCCGAAUUAAGAAAGAUACAUAUUUUAUCUUUCUUGUGAUACAUGUGAAAUAAAUUUCCGUCAAGUGUAA